AUGGCGGAUUCCAUCUCUGCGGAAAAGGAGCAGCCCAGGAAAAGGAAAAAAAAGAAGAAGGAGCCUAUAAGUAAAGGCAGAAAAACCGAAAAGGCAAAGAACCCGGAAGAGGACUACAAAGAGCUGUACGCGGAGCAGGUCCAAGAGAUACUUGCGCUGAACCAUAUUUACUUCCCGAUCUAUGUGGACCGCCCAGGACACAUCAAGAAGGCGCACUUGCCAAGCGACCUGAUGAGCAAAGAGGAAUAUAAUGAGAAGAACAAAGCUUUGACCACGGCAAUAAUAGUCCCAAUAGAAAUGAACGACGAAAUUGAUGAAGAGAGUUCCGUAAAAUUUUGCAUUUUCUUCAACUACGAUAAUGACCUUCCUAAGUACAGAAUUUCAUUCACGUUUGAGAAAAAGUACCCAUACUCGUACCCUAACAUCUACCUACAUAUGAGUAGGGCCCUGAGCAAGGAACAGACAACUCACCUUUCCUUGAAUGUAAAGAAAAUCUGUGCUAAAAAUUAUGGACGGAUUACUCUGUUCGAUAUUUGUAUCUACUCAAACGAAUAUUUCAAUAAAAUCAUGAGUCACAACUUUGAGAACCUGUGGGAAGAAAUGAAACACAGGAUGGAUGAUCAUCUGAGUAGGGGAAAACACAAUCUGCAUCAACAGGCAUCGGCGUGUUCCGAUCGGAAUGCCGCUGUGGAGAGUAUGACCGCAGGGACUGCUACUGGGGGAAUCACAAUUGGUAGCAAUAUCUCGGGGAAAACCCUGCCCGCUGGGGCGCCUGGGUUGUGGUCAUAUUCUUCUGAAUACUUUAGAACGCACAGGGGUGGAGCGACAUGGUUGGAAGAUGAACAAAGGAGAGAGACAGAGCUCAUAAAUAGUAGCUUUCGUUUGGAUGGUUGGCCCAACGCUGGAAACAGCAGCUGUGGUACCCAUGGGAACGGUGGAGAUAGUGGUAGGGGUAGCGCUUCCAAUGUGCGCACCCAUGACGGCAUGAAGGGUAACAGGAAUGUCAAUCGUAGCGGGAGCAAUCAGUCCAGUAGCAAUUUCCCUAUCGGGCACAACGUAGCCCCGCAGCGCAAACCUUGUCACCCUCCCUGUGAACGACGCAUUGGCCACCCAGGCGAGAGAUACUACCACAUGGCCCCCACCCAGGGAGGAAUAUUAUUCCGAAACAUACAUGAAUCCAAUAGCAUUUCGGGAUUCUCAUCCAUCAACAGCUGCAUCUUCGGAGGAGAAGAGGAACAUUUAAAUAUUUUUACAAAAAAAAAAAAGGAAAAAAUAACACAAGUCCGGAAAAUAUCGGAAGAUGAUAAACUGAAUGGGUUAAAAAAAGAAACAUUGGAAUCGAAUGAACAAAGAUUAAUCCCACAUGGAAACGGAAGGUUAAAGCAUUUCCAAAUUUUGAAGAAGACAAAAAUAAGUUACUACAGAAAUAGGUUGCUCGUAAGACACAACAUAGACACGAACAUGUACAUAAUUCACACGUAUGCCGUUCUAAGUGUUUUUGAUUUCUUGGCGUUUUUUUUAAACCAUCUGCUGCACUGCAACAGGGGCUUCAACUUGUUUUGCAACCUCGGUGAGAAGAGUGGUGAACAGGGGCAAACAGCGACCAAUAUAGCCAACGGUUCCACCCUUGCUGACAACGUGGAAAAGAAAAAAAAAAAAAAAAAAAACGAGAAAAAUGAGAAACUGUUCAUGCAAUUUUUAAAAGACAUAAACGAAUUCCGCACACAAAGGAAUAUCGAAAGGUUGUGCGACCUCUCGUGCCUUGAUUACUUCUGCAGUGAAUACGAACUGUAUGCCAGAAAGCAUUGCCUAAUGAGCACAGAGAACGAGAAGACGCUGCUACACGUGUUGAACGAGCUGAACUUUGCGCGCUUGAAAAAGGUAGUAAAACAUUUUCGUAUGGUCCAGAAAAUGAAUUUGAAGAAAAUUAUCCGGGAAAUUUUGAGGUUGACAAAAAUUCAACAUAAGUACUUAGCGAGGUACCACGUCUCCUGGUCGCAGAAGGAAUACGUCGAGCUAAACGAGGACCUCAGUGAGAACAGGGCCUUGUGUAGGGUGUUCGAGAUGGUGAAGAUACUCAUCCUGGGGAGGGUAUUUCGGAACUGUGAGGUGGGGAAUAGCCAUGCAAGUGGAGUAUCGGAAGCUAAAGAUACUCACCUGUGUACGUACGACCAAGCCAAGCAAAUAGAAGACCUCUUCCAAAAGGUGAGAAGCAGGGGCAACUGCGAAAGUGAACAAGUGACUGGGGAUAAGGAAAAAAAAAAAAAAAAAAAAAGAGAAAUCAUGGAAGGGAGCAGCAGCGCUGUACGUGAUGCAGACUCGUCUCCCCAAAGUGCAAACAGCUUCAGUCGAAGUUGCACAUUUCCGGAUGGGAGCAGCCCACAUCACGACAACAGCAAUGACCAUCGAUCGGUUAGAAGCCCUGGAGGGAAAAAAUGCAACAAGUACACGGACCCCCACGAAAAGACGAAAAAAAAAAAAAACAAAAAAAACAACUCUUCCACCCCACUUGGUGGCUACACUUCAACAUUAAGUGAAAGCACAAAUAAAAGAAAGAGCAUAUUCGACGGCACGAGCAAUGAGAAAGAGAAAGGGAAUAAAGACACCCAUGGGGACAACCCUAAACUCUCGCGCACAGAACGAAGGAUAAAUCAAAAAAUCAAGUUCAUACAAAGGUUAACUAGCAAAAAAGAAAAAAAAAAUUAUGUCCUAUACGUCCAGUGUGAAUACUGCAAGGGAGAAAUUUUGGAGAAAGAAAUUAAGAAGAAUUUUUUUCAAAAUAAUAAGUACCUCAUAUGGACUGUUUUUAGACAAAUUCUGGAGUGCCUAAGUUACCUGCACAAGAAGGACAUUUACUUGAAAAAUUUAACCACUGGGAAUAUGUUUGUGCAUGUGGACGAGUACGGGAUUCACGUCAAGAUUGUUAACUACACUGCGUGUAAUCUGAUUGGCUAUAUAUAUUUUUAUAGUUCUUCCUAUGAGCGUAACUGCUCUUACAUGGCUAAUUUUUUGAGAAACUUUUACCGCGGCGAGCAGAGGGAUAACCAUCGAGGUGAUAGUCCACAGGGGAGAGGUGCCUCGGAAAGAAGCAGAAGAGGCUACGAACAGGGAGAAGAGACAUUCCACGCAGAGACAGCCAAGGAAAGCACCAAGGCGAACAAAGGAGUCUCCUCAAAACAGGGAGGAACAACCCACACUCCGGAAGAAGGAGGAGAAGAAAAAAACUUUUCAUUCUUCUCCCACAUGAAAAAUCACAUAAGAAAGAAGCUUCUUGAAGACCAAAAGAAUUAUUCCACGAGGAGUGAAGCACCGCAGAAACAUAAGGAGCACGAUGAAUUCUAUACACACUCAUAUAAUCAACAUCUAUACAAUUAUCUAGCUAAACGCAAGUACAGCUAUGAGGAGUUGGAUUUGUUUUCCCUGGGAAUAGUCCUCUACGAAUUGUUGCAUGUCCCCUUUAAGUCAACAAGGGAAAAAAUGAUGAACUUGAGGAACAUGAUCGUAGAGAGAACCUUCCCAGAAGAUUUCGCGAAGAAUGCUGGCGAUGAUGGAGCUGUUAAGGUUUUGAAGUUUAUUUUAAUUAAUACGAUUAGUGAUUGCCUCGAGAAGGAACCACUUGGGAGACUGCAGUACCCGGACAUUUCAAACCUCAGCGCAAAGACGGACGACUGGAGAUGGAACCCGCACCUCGCCACCAGCAACAGAAGCGGCAUAAACAAGAACAACAGCAAUUACAACAACAAUCACGCGCCGUUGGCUAGUCAGGGGAAAAAAAAAAACAAAAAAAAAAAUUUCCUCGCCGUAGAUGGCUACAAGAGGGAAGUGCUCUACUUCAGGGAUAAAUCGCGCCUAGCAGGUGAGGAAGUGGAGGUAGAAAAGGCAGAAGCAAAGGAAAAGGCUGAUGCAAAAGAAAAAGAAGAAGUGUACGCACAUUUAAAAAGUGCCACCUGCGCUGCACGUGCUCCCCUUCCUGGCAGCUCCGCACCUUCUGCCAAUUUGGAUGCAGCGGACUUAUUGGUUAAUUCCCCCAAUGAAUCCCUCAAAGGAAAAAUGGAGGCGGAAAAAAAGGAAAAGGGCAAAACGGACUUGUCUGGGAAGGACGAUGAGGAUAAGACGCGCAAAAUAUCGGCGGAGCACCUCCUGAAUUGCCCCCUCAUACCCAUGGUCAUCCAGAGAGACUUAUUUAAAUACUUUUUGCAAAAACUGAAAAUAAACUCCUCUGUGGAGUGUAAAAACGUGUUAACAGUUUUGCUCAACAAGACGAAAGAAGGAAAUGAAGAGAGACUCAUGGGGACAAAUAGAAAUGCGAUAGCCUACACCAACGUCCGUACCUAUGAGUAUGACGUCAUCAGUAGCUACGUGUUUGACCAUAUCAGCACUGUGUUGUCUAAAAAAAACACAACGAACAGUCAUCCGCUCGCCUUUCUUUUGCACCCCGGAAGGAGAGGAGAUCCUCCACUGAUGGAACAGGCAACCGCGGAGAACAAGUUCGCGCAGAAGAAAAUUCCCACGAAUUUUAUUAAAAGGAUGGAAGUGCAGAAGAGAAGAAGUGCCAUGGGGGAAAAGAAGGUGUACUACUCGAACUACGGGCCAUCAGGGCGUGGUCAGCACGACGGCCAGCAUGGCACCCAGAAUAACGUCCAGCAGAGCAGCGAGCAGGGGGAUAUUCCAAUCAGCUCACAUGCCGACGCACAGGAAUGGGAUAAACGCCCGCCAAGCAACAAUCCACCGUGGGAGACAAAGAAAGAAACAGAGGAAGAGAAAAAUUUCCCAGUAUUAAACCGGUCCAACAAAAGAAUUGUUUUUAUUGAUAAAAACAACAAGCUGCUGUACGUCCCAUUUUACCUGACCGAGUCAUACAUGAAUGCAUUCCCCCAGGGGACCCAGGGAAAGAGCUUCAGCAGUUCGUUCUUCUUUUCGCAGAAUCACUUUUUGCAAAGAAGUCGGCAGGAGGAGAUGGUGCGUCGGGAGAACAGCGUUUUGUACAGCAGCGUGGUACGCGUAGACAGCCAGGGGGAUCUUCACUUCAGGGCCAGCCCUGUUAGCAGCGCCAGGAAAGAUAGCAAUGUCAACCAUGUGCACAAUACCGGUGAUAGUGCCCCUUACCCCCACCGCUCCAACCACAGCAGUGAGAGCGAGGACGGAGAUCCCGCACCUGUGCAGGAGACCCAUGUUAACCUCUCCUUCUGCGUGUAUCAGCUCAUAACCCUACACAACGUACUAAGCAUAUUGCACCGAUUCGAACACUAUUUGGGAAACUUCACCAUCAAAUGGUCCUAUACACACAUGCUAAUGCAGAUCAUCCGAGACGUCCUAUUCAUAGAUGAUGACGAAAGAGCUCAAUUCAUUUUAACCCAAUUACGACAGGCAAACAUCAAGUACAAGAAUUUUAAGAAGCUACUGUACUUUCUGAACUUAACCUACGACGAUAGAAUUUUGAAAAAAUUAUAUUCGAUAGUAGUGGACAAAUCGGACAACCUAAAACAGAAGAUGCACAAGGUUAAAAAAAUGUAUUUUAUGUUGGACCAUCAGAACAAGAAUGCCAUUAGCUAUUUAGUUUCUACUGUCAUUUAUUUGGAAAGAUUGUUUGAACACUUUAACAGAUCCAAGUAUACAUUCCUAUGGGACUUUUUCCUGGGCGAGUAUGAACAAGUGUUCUUGUUUUCCUUCGCCUUUGCUAUUUACCCUGAUGUUGAUCGAACUUGCCUGCUGUCCAUCGGGGGAGUUUCCACGGAUGCCUUUUCUCAUUCCACCGAGCGCCCUCCCAGCGAAGUCACCUAUAAUUUUGUCUACGAAAUUUUCGUGGACACCAUCUCCGCGUUGAUACUCCAGAAAGUCCAAAAGAACAACUGUAUCAGCAUGCACAUUGACUUCCACUCCCCCAGCGUAGUCAUCACGACCAAGGCGUACAAGCUGCUGGUGUACGCCUUCUCCCUUUACAACAACUUGAUCCAGAAUGGCAUAAAGUGCGAGUGCAAAAUUUCUCCCCUAGUCGAGACGUCCAAAUUCGAACAGGGCCUCCUCAAGUACAGUGAUAUAAAUAUCCACGUGCAAAUAAUACAAAAGGUAAACUCCAACACAUUCCUAAACAUUGAAGAUUACGAACGAUCACCCGAGACCAUCACUUCUAACAUAAUUGUAGAAGAAAAAGUAAAUAUCAUGUAUAGCACCCACAUUAUUCGCCUAAAUAUAAAAAAGAACUUCGAAAAUGAAUCCUCCCUCAUUAACUACAUAAAACAGUUUUAUACGAAGCGGUGA